CCGACUUGAGUGCUUCGCCUCAAACAGACCUUCUGUACAUCCAGCCAGUCUCGUACAAAAUAACGGCCAGAAUGACCGCCUCUCGCUUCAUCAUGUUCUCCGCAGUGGUGGUGCUUCUGUGCGCAGUUAGCCUCAGUGAAGGUUUGCGUAUUGGACCACAAAGAUGCUGUUUCUCCUUUUCGGACCGUCCUGUGCCAAUCAAAAAAGUGGCUGAAUACAGCAUGACAAGCCAGCAGUGCCCCAAGGAAGCCGUGCUGUUCAAGACUGUGAAGGGUUAUUUUGUGUGUGCCAGACCCACUGACUCAUGGGUAAAGGGGCUCAUCAAGAUCAUUGACAGCAGGAACAUUGGAAGCCAGGGGACCUUGUGAUCAUAUUGAGCUGCAUCCUCCAAAAAACAUUUUGGAAGCACUGGACAAGUGUGGAGUCUGAGGAAAACUUAAAGAAAAAAAAAACUGACAAAUGCAUUGUCACUAAAUGAUCAGCAUAUUAAAGCUAUGGGGUUAAACAAUCCAGAAUGUAUUAUGUUUGAAUUGUUUCUCUUUUUAACUCGUCUGUCAUUUGUCUUACUAAUGUAUUUCUAAAGAGAGUGUUUUGUACUGAAAAAUAAAGUAUUGCAGAUUACUAGCCUAUAGCUCAAAGUAUAAACUAGUUUAUAGAAGAACAUGAAAUAUUUUUGUAAUGUGUCAUUAAAGACAACAUAUUAUGAUGAAGAUCUGUUUAUGUAAGUUUUUGCAAAUGUAACC